CAUGUGGUACAGUACUUUUCAAUAGGAAAAAUAUUCCAGUGAUGAAAGCGGAUAAGGAACUGAAACGUGGGGACACCAACUGGAAAAUAAGUGACACUGGUUUGUCAAUUUUCAAGUGGAAAGACAAAAGAUGUGUACAUCUGUUAUCAAACUAUCACGAUCCUCGAAUUUUCUCAAUCGUGAGGAGGAAAUCACGAAAUGGGCAAAUCGAAGAUGUAAAUUGUCCCCGUAUUUUAUUGGACUACAAUAUGAAUAUGGGAUUUGUGGAUAAAUUGGACCAACUUAAAUCUAACUUUGGACUAGAUCGAAGAAGUCAUAAAUGGUGGCAUCGUAUAUUCUUCCAUUUCAUUGAUAUUUGUGUAGUCAACUCAUAGAUACUUUAUAAAUUAAAUCGGCAACAGAUAUCUCACAAAGAUUUUAGAAGGGCUGUGGACUAGUUGCUGAGAAACUGGUAGACCUUAAAACCACUAGGGAUAGUUCACCGCUAUGCAUUAAAAAACACAAGUCAACUGUAUCCUCGGAUAUUAGAUUGGAAGAAAGAAGCACCGAAAGGCAUUGUGCAGUACGUAGCACUAAGCAGAUGCAGAUACAGACAGAGUGGUCCUGUUCAGGGUGCAAGGUACCUUUGUGUUUGUCAAAGUCCAGAACAUGCUUCCAACAAUAUCAUCAAAAGGCGUAGAGCUACAAAAUUUGAGGCACAGUGGUACAUCAUUGAUACCACCCCCCCCCCCCCCCCUCCACUUUACUGAGCCUAGGAUUAAGUUUAAAAAAUCGUUUCGAGGCGGGCAUAGACGUUCCUGUCCUUUUUCUACUAUCUUGCCCGACUUGCCAAUCAUGGUUGCGAUUCUGUAAGACCGAACUUAAUUUGUCGAUUGGAUUGACUAGACCUUUGCACAGUGGAAGAUUUAAAAAGCUGAAAAACAAACGGAGCGAGGAAUCAGAUAGUGUGGAAGAGGUGGAAGAAGUCGUGGCUGCUGCAAAACAAACCACGUAUGAGGAAGAUGGUCAAAAUCCAAUAUAGCCCCAAAACCAGACGGAACAGUCAAUUGCUGUAUG